AUGUCUAUGACAAACUAUACCGCUUCUCCUCGCUCGGGUGCGAUGGCAAUGGCAUCGCAAUCCGAACCCAAAAUCGUCGAGCUCCCACCGGACACAGACACCAAUGCACCCGACGACGCCAAGAUAGACGAGUUGGUCUCCCAGUGGGAGAAGCUCCGUUACGUUCCCAAGGCGGGAGAACCCGAAUUACCGCCCCAGUUGUCCCAGUUCACCGAGAAGCUGACCGAUGAGGUGAUGAAAGAACUCAACAGAUUACCGUUUUUCAUGACCGAACUCGAUGAAACCGAUGGCGAUAAGGGGGAGAACGCCGAGUUGGAAGCUCUCAGACAAUUGGCCUACGACGGCGAGCCCGACGAAGUGGCCACCAACUUUAAGAACCAAGGGAACGACUGCUACAAGGCCAAGGACUACAAAAACGCUAUUGCCUACUACACGAAGGGGCUUGAAGUUGAAUGCGAUGUUCCUGCCAUUAACGUCGCCUUGCUUAUUAACCGGGCAGCGUGUAACCUUGAACUUAAGAACUACCGCAGAUGUAUCAAUGAUUGCAAACAGGCCCUUUUACUCGAUGAUAAAAACAUCAAGGCGUGUUUCAGAGCCGGUAAGGCCUUUUUCAAAGUUGAACGUUACGAAGAAGCCUUACAAAUCGUUGACUACGGUCUCUCUAUCGAUGCUGAAAACGCCCUGCUUAAACAGUUGAAGAAGGAAAUCACCGAUAAGCAACAGCAAAUCGCUGCUGCCAAAGAACGCAAAGAACGUGAACAAAAGCUCGCUGAGAUGAAACGGUCCAUCUUGGCCAACCUGAUCAAAAUGCGCCACAUCGAAAUCGUUCGUACUCGCGACGUUCCCGAGAUGUUGGAGGAUGCUAAGAUCCGUCUUGAAGACGAUAAGGACUACCAGUCGCAGCUUAUCUUCCCCGCCAUGGUGCUCUACCCCACUAUAGAUGAAUUUGACUAUAUCGCUGAAAUCGGUGAGCUUACCACUCCCUUGGAAAUCCUCGAGAUGUUGCUUAACCGUCCUCGCGAAUGGUUCGAGGACCCUAAACACAAGAACUUCACCGUGAAGAAGCUUCAGGUGUUCAUGGAAACCAUGACUGGUGGGUUGGUUAAAGUGGGGAAGAAGAUCGCCGUCAACGAAGCGUUGAUGAACGAAUCACCCAAGGCUCCAUUAUUCGACAACGCUCUCCGUCUCUACGUGGUGCCUCUGGACGACGUUGAUCUGUGGAUUGGUCUGUGGAACAAGCAGCAGGCUCUCUCCAAGCGGAAGAACUGA